CUUCCGUGUCCCUCUUUCCACAGCGGCCGUCGCUCUUCUACUCCGCUCUCAGUGGCGUGUUUAACGAUGAAGCAGCAGCCUGAAAGGUGACUGCGCGCCCCGAGGAGACGCCGAAGCCGCUGACUGCGGGACUUCAUUCACCUGGACGCAGGCCGCUUGAAACCAAGUGUUUUACGGACGUUGAAGCGCGUUCACAAUUACGGAGCUUAACCUGAACAAAAUCUGAAACCACUGUCUUUCACAAUGAAGAUGGACGUCCCUUACAACCAGCUGGUGGAAGUGGAGAGGAGGAGACAAGAAGCCAAUAGGAAAGCACAGAUGAACUCCUGGUGUGUGAUGGCUGUGGUUGCUGUGGCGACGGUGCUGCUGGGCUCCAUGGCCCUCUACAUCCUCCUCACUCCGAGGGUCUCCUCCUCCCGUCCAGCUCCGAGCAGCAGCCUCCGUCUGCCGCGGGGGGAGUCCUGCUCAGACCCCUGCGAGAUCGUUUUGUUGGAGAGCAUCCCUGAAGGUCUGGAGUUCAACUCCAGCACCGCUCACCCCACCAUCUUCCAGGCCUGGCUCAAUCUGAUGGGUGGGGCCCGCAGCAGUAUCGACAUCGCCUCCUUCUAUUGGACGCUCACCAAUAAAGACACAGGCACUGACGAGCCGACAGCCAAUCAGGGUGAGACCGUUCUGAAGACGCUGGCCGAGCUCUCCGGGAAGGUGUCUGUUCGUAUUGCAGUGAACACGCCACAGGAGAGUCAACCGCAAGGAGACCUCACACUGCUCCGAGACUCAGGAGCUGACAUCAGGACCGUUAACAUGAGAGCGCUCACCUCCGGCGUCCUUCACACCAAGUUCUGGGUCGUGGACAAGAGACACAUUUAUAUUGGCAGCGCCAACAUGGACUGGAGGUCCCUCACACAGGUGAAGGAGCUCGGCGUCGUGGUCUACAACUGCAGCUGCCUGGCUGCGGACCUGGGUAAGAUCUUCGAGGCCUAUUGGCUCCUGGGCCACAGCCAGUCCGUCCCAUCGCCCUGGCCUGACAGCUUCACCACCGUCUACAACAAGGACACGCCCCUCCAGCUGCCACUCAACAGCACGCCGUCCAGCGUCUACCUGUCGAGUUCCCCUCCGUCCUUCUGUGCAGCCGGCAGGACUCCCGAUCUCCAGUCCAUCCUCGGUGUGAUAGAGGACGCCGAGAGCUUCAUCUACAUCGCCGUCAUGAACUACCUGCCCACCAUGGAGUUCUCCAGUCCUAAAAGGUACUGGGCCGACAUCGACACCAGGCUGAGGCGGGUCGCCUAUGAGAAGCGGGUGAAGGUGCGGCUGCUGAUCAGCUGCUGGGGAAGCUCCAAACCGGUCAUGUUUCCCUUCCUGAGGUCUCUGGCCUCCGUGUACGACCCGAAGAGCCGACUGGACAUCCAGGUGAGGCUGUUUGUGGUGCCGACCAGCCCCGAGCAGAAGGAGAUCCCCUUUGCCAGAGUCAACCACAACAAGUACAUGGUGACCGAUAAGAUAGCCUACAUAGGGACGUCUAACUGGUCAGGUGACUACUUUGUGAGCACGGCCGGCUCGGCGCUGGUCGUCAACCAGACCGCGUCAGAGUCCCGAGAGCCGACCCUCCAGUCGCAGCUGCGGGCCGUGUUCGAGCGGGACUGGGACUCGGACUACAGCGCCCCUCUCACCCAGCACUCCAACCACAGGGACCUGUGUUAGCUCGGCGCAGCGGGGGGGAGGGGGGACACCUCUGUUCACCAACGUGAACGUGGAAGCUUCAGUGUUUGAGAAACGAGACGGCGGGGUGUUGUUCCCCUGUCAGCUGAGGUCCAGAGGAACAUCGUAGACUUCCAGUGAGAGCGGCUAAUCACAGCUUUGAUGCAAACUCCCGUUUGACCGGAGUAGUGUGCCAUUGAUCCACUGAGCUGCCCAGUACUGCCAGUUUCAUGCUGUUAAAGGGUUGUUCACAGCUGCGUUUUUAUUUUACGGCUAAUUAUUUAUUUCAACGCUGAUUCAAACUAAAUGUUUGUCUGAUGGGACAUGUGAAAUAACAGCUUUCACGUCGGGCAGUUUGCUUCAUUUAAUCGAGUGUUUCGUGUUUCAUGAGUGAAUGGACAUUUCUCAAAGGGUUUUCCCGUUUGGGUAACGAGUAGUUGUUACACUCAUUCAGUGUUAGUUUGCCAAACCGGAUAAAGGUUUGUUUGUUCGUUGACCACUUUCUAGUUUUAGAAACAAUAUUGCUCUUGUUUCUAUACAACAUCAGCCUCAUUGGCAGUUUUAUCUUUACUAUCCCAGCUUACGUCAGAGGUUUUUAUUUUUUAGAUUUAUUGAAUCUUUUAGUUUGCCUUAGUACCCUGGGACAAUAAGUUAUAUUCAAGCUGGUGAGCUGUACAUAUGAUGUCAAUUCCACUCUAUCGUCAGAACAGUUCUUUUGAAUGAAUUUAAUACUAAAUCAGCAGUCUACACAAUAGAUUGAAAUGUUACAGUAUGUGUAAAUAACCCGCAUUUAAUGACUUCUGUGUGGAGAAUGGAAGUACCGAUUGCUGAAGUCGGUUGUUAUGGCAACCGUCUGAAUAAGCUGUUAGUGGCAUGCUCAGUUCAUGUCCUUAUCAGCUUCCCUCUUUAAACAGAAAUGACUCAAUAAAUAUAUUUCAAUCAAAACUCUUCUUUACUCUGAUACGCAUGUAUGUAUUUAUUUACAACACAUCUAGUGUUUGAUUGAUGACUCCUCGUUUUGUCCACGCAUUCUCAACCUUAUUAAACAGAAACAGCAUUCCCUCA